GGGGCGGUGCCUAUGACGAAGAGGGCGUGGCCAGGCCCCCGUUACAUCGUCGCGCCGCGUCCGCUUUCCGGGUCGGGACGAGCCGAACCGGGCCGGGACGAGCCAUGGGGCAGAUCGAGUGGGCCAUGUGGGCUAACGAGCAGGCGCUGGCCGCCGGGCUCAUCAUGCUGACGGGCGGGAUCGUGGCCGUGGCGGGGCAGUUCAAGGGCUGGUACUUCGCGGCGUACGCCAUCGUGGCAGGCGUCUUGGUCUGCCUGCUCGAGUACCCCAGGAGCAAGCGACAAAAGGGCUCCACCAUGGAGAGGUGCGGCCAGAAGUACCUGACAGCAGUGGUGAAGGUGUUCGGGCCCCUCACAAGGAAUUAUUACAUCCGAGCCAUCCUGCACGCCGCCCUGGCUGUCCCCGCCGGUUUCCUCCUCUCCACCAUCCUGGGCACCGUCUGCCUGGGCAUCGCGAGUGGCAUCUACCUGCUGGCGGCGGUGCGUGGGGAGGAGUGGAGACCCAUCGAGCAGAAGCCCCGGGAGCGGCCGCACAUGGGGGACACCAUCAAGCAGCCGCCCAGCAACCCCCCGCCCCGGCCCCCCGCCGAUGCCCGCAAGAAGCAGCCGGCGGAGGUGGGGGGGCAGGUGAACCCCAUCCCCGUCGAGGCUGAGUAACGGCGGGGGGGGAGCCCUCCUGCCGCUGCCGCACCGCUUGUGCUCCUGCUUCCCAGCUGCACCCCAGCUCCUCAGGGGGAAAGCGGGGUGCCUGGCUCCAGGGGCUCCCCAAAUCCCCAAGGAUGCUCAGCUCCUCAGGGGUGUCCCCCAGCUCCUGGGGAUCCCCAUAUCCCCGGGGAUGCUCAGCUCCUUGAGGGGUCAUCAGCUCCCAGAGGCUCUAUAGCUCCUCUUGGAUUCCCAAGGAUGCUCAGCUCCCCGGGGGGGGGUGUCCCCAGCUCCUGGAGAUCCCCAAAUCCCUGAAGACUCCCAGCUCCCUGAGGGAUCACAACUCCUGGGGAUCCCUAAAUUUCUGGGAGCGCUCAGCUGCCUGGGGAGGUCCCCAGCCCUCCAAGCAGUCCCUAAUUCCUUAGGGGAUCCCCCGGUCCCUGGGGACCCCCCAGCUUUCCAGGGAAUCCCCAGCUCCCUGAGGAGUUCCUGGGCCCCACAUCACCACGGAGUUGGGGGGGGGUCAGGCAGCUGUGCUCCCUGCACCGGCGCUCGCUGUUUUUUGUCACUUUUGCGGUUGCUGUUGCAAUAAAAAG